AUGCAACUAGCACAUAUUUGUCUGCCUCUCGGUGACAAAGCUUGUCGACUGGGUGCAGUUGCUGCCCUAUCGGCAAUUGUAGUCAUUUCCUUCAACAUCGUGCGGCUAUGGUUGCGCCUGAGGCAUAUCCCUGGGCCACGGACGGCAGCCCUAACAAACCUGGUCCGACGAUCCUGGGUUUUGACUGGUGAUGCGCAUGUUAUACACACUGCCCUCCAUCGCAAGUAUGGCACUGUGGUGCGCGUCGGACCCAACGCGGUCAUGGUUUCUCAGCCCAAGGCCAUUGAUACUAUCUACGGUUUUAAAAAUAGGCUUGAGAAAUCGGAAUUUUACGACUCAAUAAUGCCAAGAAUCAAGGGUGGAAAGCUUCCUGAUAUUUUUGCAACACGCGACGAAGACAUUCAUCGGCGGAUGAGAAGGCCUGUCGCCCGCUUAUUCUCAGUUACCAAUUUGGCAACGUUUGAGCCGGCGAUGACAUCCACUAUGAAACACUUUUUCUCUCGUCUGGAUGAAUUGUUUGCGAACAAGGACACAGACUUCGAUCUUUUUCAAUGGGUUCAAUUUUUCAUGUUCGACGUCCUUGGCGAAGUCACUUUUUCUCGGGAGCUGGGCUGCCUAGAAAAAGGUGAAGAUGUUGAUGGCAUUAUGGCAAACAUCUGGGCCUAUUUUAGACAGGUUGCCGCUAAUACCCAAAUGCCUUGGCUCGAUUAUCUCUGGCGAGACAAUCCGCUAGUGCCUGGCUCGACUAAGAGAAACCCUCUGGCCGAGUUUGGAUUCGCUCGAAUCAUGGAACGAAUGAGCUUGAGCGAAGAUGAGAAGCGGGACAUCGGCCAGAAGGACUUCCUUUCGUGUUUCCUCGAAGAACAGGCCAAGGAUCCCACCCUUCCCAACCUAUUCGUUCCUACCUGGGUCAACUCUAACAUCGUGGCCGGUGCGGAUACGACCAGUAUCCUGGCCAGCGCCGUCCUGUAUCAUCUUCUCAAAAAUCCUUCUUCUCUCGCCAAACUCAAAGAAGAGGUCGAUGACGCCGCAGCUAAAGGCCGUCUGUCCAGAUAUGUAACCUGGAAGGAGUCCAAAGAAUUGCAGUAUCUGGACGCCUGUAUCAAAGAGGCUACCAGAAUGCACCCUCCUUUUGCCCUCCCCUUUGAACGCGUAGUACCUGAGGGUGGUUUGGAAGUCGAUGGCCAUAUUAUUCCCCGCGGCACCAGAAUUGGAAUUAACCCUUGGGCUAUGCAUCGCGAAGCAUGGCUGUUUGGUCCGGAUCCUGACUCAUGGCGGCCUGAACGCUGGCUGUGUAGUGAGUCCAAGAGACAAGAAAUGAACAAUGCUCUCUUGACGUUUGGCGCCGGUCAUCGAAGCUGCCUUGGAAGGCACCUAGCCUACUAUGAGAUCUACAAACUUGUUCCAUCUCUAUUGCAACGGUACGAUAUUCAAUUAGUAAACCCUGUCAGUAACUGGACGGUUGAGAACAAGUGGUUGGCCAAGCCCUCUGGGUUCCAGGUAAAGAUCUCAUCCCGCAAAUAG